UUCGUCCAACAGCAACAGUCAGCAGCCCUGUUCAUAAUGAUUCUGGUUAUGAAGUAGUUGUUGUGCAGCGCUCUGGCUAGCCUUGCCCCAUGCAGUGGUAGUAUGACUCUAGCAUGAGGAACUAGCUUCCAUAGUUCUUGUCGUACCUAACUUUGCUCAGCCUCGGAGUUCGCUGUGCACAUGUUGACAACCAAGUGGGAGAUUUCCGAGGAUCGAGAUCAAGAUUCGAAGAAAUGGUGGUCGAGUGUAAACGAUUACCUGUAUUCCCGAAAUUGGGAAUAUGACACCUCCAUAUAAAUAAUACUACUGAGUAUAGUAGAAUCGGAGAUUGCGCUAUAGGAUCUUGUACUACUCCUGGCUACGGGUAGUGAGUAUCCUGUGCUUACGGGAAAAUCAGUUGCAGUUGCCAGUGAGUGCCGCGGAAGGAUGGUAAAUGAGGGAAACUCUAUCAGCUCUAUCGGCACUGGUACAGUAUCCGUUCGACGGUCGAAAUCAGCCAGUGUAUACUCAAGUGGUGGUUCCAGCUUCCAGUCCAGUAAUCCGGGCAGCCACGGCCACCACAAACGAACCUCCUCCAUCCGUUCCAACAGCUUACACUCUAUCCUGGUUCAAGCUCCUAAGAGCAGAUCCGACAGCAAGCAGCACAUCAGCAAAAAGGCGUUUGUGUGGAGGCUGAGACACAGCUUCCGGCGUGGCAGCAGUGGCGGUGUUGGUGGUGGUGGUGGUACCAUGCUCGAGGACAGCGAAGAUGCUUGUGCUGGACCGAGCAAGGGCGUGAACGCCAGCAGCAGCAACAGCAGCGCGGACCGAGGUGGCUACAGAAAGGGCAGUGCGGACACCAGCGAUGACGGCGGUGCUGGCAGCGGUCAUCGACAACGGCCAGCAGCAGCAACAGCGUCGCGGCGCAAAGUCAAAAUGGCGCACACCUCUCUCAGCGCUGACUCUGCUGACGGAGGCAAGCCGGCCGGAAAGACCUUCAGCUUCACUGCGUGGGGAAGACGCUUGUCUACAAAUCCAUCCAAACGACUCUUCAAAGGCAAUGUGGCCACAUCCAAGAGUACUGGCAAGAUCAAAUCCAUGAUGAAGCGAAAAGCAGACCGGACCAGCCGAAAAAAGCCGGCACGCAGCGAUGACGAUGCUGGUUGUCGUCCAGCAACUUUAUCGCGGAGUGCAUCAAUCGCCCUGAUAUGCGACGAGGAUGGGCUGGUAGUGGAUGAUCCCAGACUGCACAGUGAUACGGAGACUGGCGAUCAUGGCUGGGGGGAUUCCCUAUCAAGUGUGAGUGCCACUGGCGGCAUGCACUGUCUAGCAGCGCAGGCGCCAGCAGUGAGGUCAAGGAGCUACGGGGAUGCUACUCGACCGCAGAAGGUUGCAGGGCAGUUGGCAGUGGAUGACUGGGGCGGCUGGGGAAGCAGUGUAACUGACGAGGAUAGCAUUAGUGCUGGCAGGAGUUCGGUUGCAACUGGCAUCCCAGGCAGCGAUGACGCGGCAAGUGAUCGACUCAGCACAUUAACAAAAAGCAUGAACAUCGGGUCAGGUCGCAGAGCCAGUGAAGAGGACAAUAAAAGGCGGCCACAGGCAUUCGGAGUUCAAGUCUUGCCGAAGAAGUUUGUCCUGCGCCAAACCCAAUCUUGUGAUGAUCUCUUGGGCGAUUUGAGUAGACCGACGAAGAACCCGGGAUCUGCUGCUGCUGCGUUCAGGAAUAGCCGUGGUGCUUCUCUUGACUAUGUCGACUCAUCACCCGUGCAUUCAAGGAGCAGUGUUUACAGCUACCGGUCUCCCAAUCAGAAUCGCGGCUGUUCUGUUCUGAGCGAGUCUGUAGAUUGUGCCGAAUCGACCAGCACUGCAAAGGCCACAAAGUCAUCUGCAUCGGACUCGGUGUCCACAGCAAAGAAGACCAAAGCUGAUGCUGGCAGCUCUUCCCGGGGACAGGUGGUGGCCAUUGGGCAUUCAAAGCCAAAGGUAAAGACCCAGCAGAAUGCGUUGUCCAUGAAUGAGGAUGUUGUGUCUGACGAUGACUUCCCGCUUCCCUCCAAGACUAAGGGCGGUGUUGUAGAGUGUGCCUGGGGAGAUUCGGUCAGCAUGGCGUCUGCAGAAGGCGAUGACAAUGGUGGUGUUGAUGAUGAUGGGCAUGUUGUACAGCAGCGACACCAGCCGCACAAGAAACCGGCGGCCCCAGCUGAUUGGGACGGUUGGGGCGAUGACAGUGAUAAUGAGUGCAAUACCGCCGCAAGUAGGCCACCGCGUGAUGACGAUGACUUCCUGCCUGACUGCAGCCAGGCAGGCAGUUCGGAAGCCGUGAGCUGGACAAUGGUGUCGAGUAAUGGUGGCCUACAUUCAUCCCAAACAUCCCCAAGACCGUCCACCGCAUCGUCUGGCGAGAACAGCAAGAGCACCGCCACAGCACAUACUCCGGUCACAAAGAAAUCUAGUUAUAGCGAGCCUGCAGCCACCACCGGUUCCAAUGUUGAAAAACCUGGCAAUGUGCAGACCAACAACAAAGUCAGGAAGACUCUAUCAAACAGCCGACACCAGCAACGAGGACUGCAGCAACAGCAGAGUGAGGGACAAGAGCAGCAGCAGCAACAGCUGCUGCAGCAAGAAAAGGCGCAGCAGCUUAAACAACAGCAGCAGCAGAAACAACAACAGCAGCAGCAGCAGCAGCUUCAGAAACAACAGCAGCUGGAGAAAGAACAGAAACAUCAACAGCAGCAGAAAGAACAGAAAGAACAACAGAAGCAACAACAGCAGCAGAAAGAACAACAACAGCAGCAUCAACCCCCCUCGAAAUCGUCUGCUGUACAUGUCCAGAAUGCUAUUGGAUCAAACUCAAAAUCCAGUUCAGUUUCUGCGACUGCAUCAAGCACUACCAAGAAAAACAUUCUGAAGAACAAGAAGAAGCAGAUACAAGUCCAGGAAGAGUUUGAGUCAGAUGAUGAUGAUAUCCUGUGUGCUGGAGGUGCAGAUGGCUGGGGUGCCAUCUCUUGCGAGAAUGCCGUUGAUGAUGUUUUCGGCACUGGCACCAAUGACCCUUCUUCAGCUGCUACUACCGGUGCCAGCUUCUCCAUGGCAGUAUCCACUAGAUCAGGGGCAGCAGCUAAUGGUGGAGGUAAGCCAGAGUGGGAUGGAUGGGGAUCGGAGGGUGAAUCAGAUGAAGACACCGCAGUGACUAGUGCCAAUAAGAACCGUCCAAACAGCACUAGUGGAGGUAUGUGGGGUGGUGGCCCAGGCAUGAUGACAUUGUCUGCCAACGGUGUAGCUCCUAGUAUAUCUCUUAAUUCUGUUACGCCAUUCGGCAGUGGUGCUGGCAAAGUCAUGCCAUCUGUGUCAAGUCCAUCCGUGUUUGAUGAGCCAAUGCAGGCAUCGGCCAAGUCGAAUAAUUCCUCUCGUUUAUUCUCCCGUCAGAAAAAAUAGCCGGUGAAGUGAAGAGUAUAUGGUUGAGGUAACAUGGCUAACAGUUCUAACAGUUCGCUAUAGUAUGUCAAGCACUGUUAUUUGUUACAGCCCUCACCAGCCAUUGCUUCCACGUGCACCGCAAUGCAUCAGCACUCUUGAUCAUGGAGAGAGAGAGAUAAGUACAGUUGUGAGAGAGGAACCAGUGUUGCGCCAUAGCGAUACAGCUGCACGUGAUCUCUGGACGUGUUCUUUGGUCAGACUCUGCUUGUGCCAUGUUCCAAUUUGGAUGUGCACUUCACCGAGCUUCGCUUAUGAUCUAUACCACAACCCCACCAUGCAGUGCAGCUGGUGAUGUCCUGGUGAUGUCCUACUUGCCAUGGGCGUAUGCCGCACUCUGGACUAUGUAUGUGAGUAUGUGGAUCACAUAUGCGAUACUCUGGAUCACAUAUGCGUAUGCGAUACUCUGGAUCACAUAUGCGUAUGCGAUACUCUGGAUGACAUAUGCGUAUGAGAGACUCUGGAUCACAUAUGCGUAUGCGGGACUCUGGAUCACGUACGUGAGUGAUUCACAUAUGUGAGACUCUGAAUGACGUGCGUAAGCGUGUGAAUCUCUCCACGCAUGCUCCCGUCGCCUGUACAUCGCUUCACACCUUACCACGUGCUAGUAAGGCAGCAGCGCUGCGUGAUGACGAAUCCCCCGCACAGGCACCUGCACUCGCACGUGCAUGCCUGUGUGCAUGCCGAGCGACGCCAUGCCGAUACACAGCCUGCUGCUCGUGUAUCUUGCUAAUUUGAAAAGAGCACACUUGCGGCCCAAUGGCGGCUUUGUUUUUAUACCCACCCAAUUUGACCCAAACCUUCUUUUAUAGUUUUAGGCACUCGGUGACUACUACCCAGUACUAUGUGAGCAUGCUCAGUACUCUCUUCUAUUCCCCAUUUUAGCAGCAUAUCCCCAUCUUACCAAUAACGCUGGAGGGUCUCCACUGACUGAGUACGGUGAGCUCUACUGGCCUAAUAAUGUCAAACUCGUCUCCAGAGAUCUUAAAUUUUGCUUUCUUUCUAACUAAUUGUUCCUUAUCCAGCGCUGCCUGCACUUGGACUAGUUGUGGCUUUAGAUCUAGCUCACUUGUUCAACCCAGUCUGGUGCUACCUUGACCAAGUCCUCUAGUUUCUUGUCUACUUAUUCAUUUGCAUCGUUUCACAGUUCCUGUCGCUAGCGUUACUGCUGCUGCUGCUGCUGCUUAUUUUUCUUUUAGUGCUGGGCAUUAUUCGUCUGUUACUCUAGCCCUAGCGACAUGCCUUUAGUCGACGGAGCCGGAGUUAGCUCCUGGUUGUAGUAAUUGACCAGGGCGCUGCACAUAAUCAUGAUGACCGAGCUACAUUGUAAUGAGCACGGCCAGCAGUGAAGACAACGCGUCCCUGGCUAGUGUCCAGCACGUUGAAAUCAACAUGCUUACUGCUGCACACGUUUAUCCUGGUGCACUCAGUGUCUUUUGGCCGAAGAAAAGUAGACAUAUUUGCACUUCACACAUGCACCAAGUUGUUGCUUUGUCUCUCUCUCUCUCUCUCUCUCUCUCUCUCUCUCUCUCUCUCUCUCUCUCUCUCUCUCUCUCUCUCUCUCUCUCUCUCUCUCUCUCUCUCUCUCUCUCUCUCGCUCUCUCUCGCUCUCCCUCUUCUUCUUCCUUUCACUAGAUGUCUGGUUCCAAUGCAACAACAGUUUAAGCUUUGUUUCUGCUUAUUACCUUUUAGGAAGCCUUGUAUAAAUCUUACUUGUGACAUACACUCAUACGUCAAUGUAAUGCAUUACAUUGAAUAAC